GUCGUGUCUCAGUUUCUCCUGGCAUGGCCUUUCUAAUCGCGGAGGUCAAAUGUGCGAAUAUUGCAUCAUCCGGACGAUCCCCAUCCAACUCCGAGGUUGUGUCACACACCAUGAAUUAGUGGUGAAACCUUGAGGACCUGGGAGUCGAGUAGAAAUAGAGCUAAUUUGUGGAUGUUGGCACGUGUUACCCGUCUUUCUCUUCUUUUAAACUCAUUGCCUCAGGUGUGAAUUCAACUCUUCAGCUCGGAGUUCCGUUCGAGCGAUUCCUAGUUCUAACGCACAUCAUCGUGAUAGCAGCUCUGGAUAGGAAAUGUCAAAGCCAUUGCGAGUCAUCGUCAUCGGCGCAGGUCUGUCCGGCCUUGCCAUCGCACAGGGGCUGAAAAAGAAUGACAUUGAUUGCGUCGUAGUCGAUAAAGAAUCCACACCCCGUGACAGAAACUGGGGCGUCACCAUCGCAUGGAGCCAUCCAUUCCUCCAGAAACUUUUGCCCGAAAACCUGUGGAAUCGCCUCCACGAAUGCCAGCCAGACCCUGCGUUGGACUCAAGGGAAGCUGGGUGCGAAAGUGUCAUCAUUCGCGAUGGGCAGUCCGGCCAGACAAUGGUUGAACCACCAUUUCCCGGCGUAAGGAGACUGAACAUACAGAAAACCCGAAGAUCUUGGGGCGAGUGUGUGCACGUCAAAUUUGGCAAGACCAUCACAGGCAUCACUCUCGAGGCUGAUUCAGUCACUGCGCAUUUUCAGGAUGGCACCUCAGAAACUGGCAGCGUACUCAUUGGCUCUGAUGGGGGUGGGUCCUGGGUGCGUCGCUUCCUUUUAGAAGACGCAGCAGAUGCCCAAGUUUUGCCAUACAUGUUCCUCAACUUCCCAAUUCGGUAUCCUGCUGAACAAGCCCGGAAGAUGGAAAGGAUGAUGCACCCCAUCGUCGACGUGGGUAUCCAUCCCAAGUCCAUGUACAUCGGCAUAUUCCUGCUCGACAAGCCCGACCUUUCGAGACCCGAGACAUGGAUCUUUUACAUCUUAGCCACAUGGCCCAAGGGCGAAAAUGAUGUCGUCGAGGAUAGGAAUUACGUGGAUGAACUGAGGCAGAGAAUGAAUGGAUGGGCCGACCCGUACAAGUCUGCGGUCGAAUGGGUUACGACGGAUAUUCAAGCAAAGCCAGUGCCUCUCAAGAUAUGGGGCACCAAGCAGUGGGAUAACCGUGGUGGCAGGGUGACUUUGAGUGGCGAUGCAGCGCACAGCAUGACAUUUCAUCGGGGCCAAGGAGCCAACAACGCGAUCUGUGACAGUGAACGGUUUGUUUCGGCCAUGGUUUCCGUCAAAAAUGCAGACAGAAGUAUCAAGGAUGCUUUGGAUGCCUAUGAUGCCGACGUACUUAGGAGAGGGGCUCAGGAGGUGGAGGUCUCGAGGGUUCAGACGGAUGCACUGCAUGAUUACGCUAACUUUUUCAAUAGCCCUAUUAUGCAGCACGGCAUAAAACCAACUAUUGACAUCAACGCCAACGAUGCUGAUAAGGUGUAG